AUGUCGGCAACGAAUCCCUCUUCCGCCCUCAACGGCGUCGUUAUCGGUCUCCUGUCCUCUUUUGGCUCCGCCUUCCUUAUCGCCGUCAUCUUCCUCAUCGUCUACUUCUUCCGCUACACAAGUAGCGGUCGCAUCUUCCUUGACCGCAUCGGCCGCCCCGGCGAAUACGAUGACGAGCAAGCAUUCGCCCGCGAGGAGGCAGAGGCCCUCGAGUCCAUGGAGGAAAAUCAGCGCACAGAAUACUUGAGAGCCAAGGCUUUCGUGACUGCUAAUCCGCCCGAGUCUCUCCAAACCGAUAUCUCGCUCUCCCAGUACCUUGCUAUCCAAGAAAAGGGUGUCUCCGCCUGGGAAUUCGAGCCCGAGCUUGAAAUCGCCAACUGCUUCGUCGAGGGCCGCACCGAGAUCGAGUUCUUCGACUCCGAAUGCACUGUGCUCAGUAACCUGCCUGUGCCCAAACAGAACGAGGUUUACUACUGGGAGGCAAAGAUCUACGACAAGCCUGGAAACACACUGCUCAGCAUCGGCAUGGCCACGAAGCCUUACCCGCUGUUCAGGCUCCCGGGCUUCCACAAAUACUCCGCUGCAUACACUUCGACUGGCCAGCGUCGCUACAACCAACCGUUUAACGGUACACAGUACGGUCCCCAAUACGUGCAAGGCGAUGUCAUAGGUGUUGGCUAUCGCCCUCGCACGGGCACAAUCUUCUUCACUCGCAACGGAAAGAAAUUGGAGGAUGUCGUCCAUGGUCUCAAGUCCCAAAACUUCUUCCCUGCCGUCGGAGCCAAUGGUCCCUGCGCCGUCCACGUCAACUUUGGCCAAGCCGGCUUCGUCUUCAUCGAAGCCAACGUCAAGAAGUGGGGUCUCGCACCGAUGACUGGCAGCCUGGCACCUCCACCGCCAUAUGGAUCUGAGCAGGGCGACAUUCUUUUGGAAGCUGGACGGAAGGACGGAUACUCGGCCAGCGUUCCCCAACACUCGCAGUCCUACUCACAAUCUGUGCAAUCUACAUCUCGCGGCGGUGGCAGUCAGGUGCUCAACCCCCAGGCCGGACACGGUCGCACACGAAGCGGCAACUUUAGAGUUCUCCCCCCAAGGAGUCCAGGCCCGAUUCGAAGCCCGACUGAUAUCUCUUUGGCGCACUUCGUUCCCGCCGACGAGAGCGGUGAGCCCAGUGGCAGCGGGCACGGAGACCGUGACGAUGACGAGGAGAGCGACAUCGGCUUGGGAAUGCAGGACGCAUUGAACCCGCCCCCAGAUUACACAAGCCCCGACCACUCGGACCAGGGCAGCCGCAGGAACAGCUCGGACAGUGAAGAAAACACGCCCCUCAUUCGUGUGGUCAACCGGAGUCGCAGCAGCACAGCCACGCUGCUAACCGGGCCCUCGCAUCCGCCAAUCCCCAGCUACAGCGACGCCGUUCGGGACGGUGCCACGAGAGAGAGCAGCAGUAGCAACAGGCCUGGGCUGAACCGACACGUCUCCCGGUCCAGGUCACACAGUGCUCAAUAA